AUCAAUAUGCGUGCCUUCUCUAUCUUAGCUACUAUUGCCACCCUUGCUCUCUCUGCCAAUGCCGCUUCUCAUAACAAGCGUGCCAUCAGUGACAAUGUUCAAAGCUGUAUUAACGGUUUGACCAGUGCUGAUGCUAAACUCUUGGAGCUCAAGACCGCUGUUGACGGUUUCACUAGUGCUGCCGGUUACCCUGGUGCCACUGCCAUCCAUAGCACUGAACAAGCUCUUGAGGCUCUUCUCAAGACCACUAACACUGCUUGUUGUGCAACUACUACUACCGUCACUGACGAAGAGGCUGCCGCUGUCUUUGGCCUUGUGGGUAACAUUGUUCCUGACAUUACUGGUUCUCUUGACUCUAUCAUUGCCAAGAAGCCUGACUUUGCUGCUGUUGCUUUUGCUACUGCCAUUGUCAAGACUGAUGUUAAGGCUUUAGCCGGUCUUCUCAAGACCUUGGAUGGAUGUUUGAUUGCUGUCACUCCCGAAGCUCUUCUUGAAAGUGCUCAGGCCUACGUCGCUACCAUUGAUGCCAAGUUUGCCACUGCUUUCUCUACCUAUGGUAUCACUGCUUAAAUCAACUCGCCUACGGUAUUACUGCUUAAAUUUACUCACUCUAGUAUAUUUGGCUUUUUUUUUUUUUUUUUUUCUUUU